AUGCCAAACAAUUAUCAACAAAAGCUCACUUCAACAAAUUAUAUGACGAAAACAUUAAUGGUAGUUAUUCUUCUUCUUUUCUCCACAAUCUCUCUUUGUUUAGGCCAACCAUCUCCGGAUCCUGUUUACGACUUCGAUGAAAACUUGCUCCAGGCGGGAACAGAAUAUUACGUCUUGCCACAAGGAAUGGGAGGCGGCCUAACACUAGCCGCUAGAGGAAAUGAAUCCUGCCCACUUGACGUAGUCCAAACAAACGUUGACACAGACAAUGGGCUACCAUUGGCAUUCAUCCCAGUGGACCUCAAUACAGGUGAUUAUGUCAUUUGGGAAUCCACGGAUCUUAACAUUAUCUUCUCGGGCUCAAGCUCAACAGCCUGUGCUGAUCAGUCGAACGUUUGGAUGCUCGACUUGUAUGAUAGACAACUCAUCAUAACGGGUAAUGGAGUGCAAGGGAACCCCGGUCUUGUAACGUUGAACAACUGGUUCAAGAUAACAAAGUAUGAAGAUGGAUACAAGCUUGCAUUCUGUCCGGAAGUGUGCGACCAUUGCGCCAGUGUAUGUGGAGAUAUUGGUGUUGUGAUUGCUCAAAAUGAAACAAGACGCCUUGGUAUAAGUGAUGUGCCUUUAAAGGUCAAAUUCAAGAAGGCAUUAAUCUGA